CUUAGAUUUAUGAGGUUUAAGAAUGAAGGAAGAUUUAUGUGAAUUCACGGAUCUGAAAAAGUACAUCAGAAGUUUCCGCCAGAGCCAUGAAAUGAUGCCACCAAUGACUGUUAAGAUUUUGAUGUAUCAACUCUGCAAAGGAAUUUCAUUCUGUCAUGGUCAUGGAGUGUUGCACAGGGAUCUUAAGCCUCACAAUCUUUUAAUGGACCGCAAGACUAUGAUGCUAAAAGUUGCGGAUCUUGGACUCAGUCGUGCUUUCACCAUUCCCCUCAAGAAAUACACGCACGAGGUCACAUAUCUUUUAGCUUGUAUUGGAAAGCACAACAUUUGA